GCGUGUUUUAUCAGUCGACGCUAGCUGCAGCGAGCUGUCGUGUCCCAGAUUUUCAGUCGCACGUAUACACGCGACAGUGCACAGCGCGCCAGAGAUCGCGCUGUCGAUCGUUCGCGGAUCCUAGAUCGGUCCAUCCUUAAAACGGUUUCGCGGUUGAACGAGCGCGGAUCGAUCCGACCGGUAGCCACGUCCGCGACUGCGUUUCCGGAUACUCCGAGCAACAGAGUCUCUCGUUUGUCCGCAGUCGCGUUCGUAUCGCGAUCGCUCGAGAUCGCAUUCGCGUUUCGCAAGACCGAAAUCUAUGUACUUCGGAAGGCUCGAUAAUUUUGGUACACCGUUUCUUCUCCAGUGAUGUUGAUCGUCCAACGAGUGGAAAUUCAGGAGGAACACGGUGAGGGAAAGGGGAGCAACGUGAGACAAGCAAGGAACUUCUGAAAAAAAAAUUCAAGUACCAUGGAAGACGAGGAUUUUGGCUUCAUGAAAAGAACUGACGGUGUCCUGAAGAAUGUUAGUAACGACGAUCUGAACGACACGACAGGUGCAACGAAGACUGAAAAUGAUCGUUUGGAAAGAAAGAUGGGAGAAACGGUUGGCGGGUAUAGAUCAGUGAUGACAGCGCCGUUAUUCGGGGCGACCGAGGCCGGAAACACCGUCCCUGAGCGGCCAGCGACCGCCUCUUCAUCCUCUCCGGCUUCCUCAGUCGUUUCCAACCCGCCGUACAUACCGAACGUGGUCGAAUAUCACCUGAAGGUGAAGCCCGGUCAAACACAGAGGACACAUCAACUCGAUAACAGUAUCAAAAGCCAAGAGGCGAACGAGAUGAAGAAGGACAAAAGUCCUGCGAGCUCCACUGACAAAAAGAAGGACCUAGUGUCGAAGCUGUUUCGCUUAUCCAUCGAUAACAAUGUCUUCGAGGGUUCGACGGAUCUUCCUCAGGUGUUUCAGGUGAAAUAUCUGGGCUCUCACGCUGCCAGGGGCCUCUGGGGCAUCAAGCACACGAGAAGGCCAGUCGAUAAUAUGGUUGCUGCCGCGAAGGCCUUACCGACAAACACCAUGCUCCCUUUGAUCAAACUGGUCGUCUCUCAGGACGGUGUCGCUCUGAGGAAACAGGACACGAACUUCACCAAGAUGUACGCCAUCGAGACGAUCUCUUACGGCGUUCAGGAUCUCGUCUACACGCGGGUGUUCUCCAUGAUCGUCGUACGGGAGACGGAGAACUUCAGGAGGGUCUCGCCGUUUGAAUGCCACGGUUUCGUUUGCGAGUCGAAGCAUCACGCGAGACAGCUCACAUACGCCCUGGCUGCGGCCUUCGAGAUUUACUCGAGGACCGUGAAGGCCCAGGAUAAAAUGGCCGAGAUGGCUGGCAAAAACGCGAAGAAGAGGUUCGCCAUUGAUCUUAGGAGCCCCGAGGAAAUCGAGGCUGACUUGGCGGUGGAUUCCGAGGCUUAGGUUUCGUUCUUCUCUUUGACGAGAGGAGAAAUUUAAAAAGAAAUUUCGGGAGAAAUUCUUCGUUCGUCUACGAUAGGGAAAUAUUAUUGAAAGGAAAUUAAUAGUCACAAGUGUAGGAUGUCUACUUGUUGGACAAUACAGGGUACACAUUGUCGAAAAUGCUUAAUAUAUAUGUACAUAGAAGAUUGCAUUAUGCAAGGUGAUUUUGAAAUUUUCGUGCAAUUAGAAAGGUCUUGAUUCAUCGUGUAAAGAUAUAUCGGAGAUGUAGGAUAGAAUAUUUUCGUACGACGAGAGUUUUUUUUUUUCGAAAUUAAUACUUUAUGUUUUCGACUUAUCUUUACGCGAAGAAUCGCAUCCCUUCCAAUUAUAUCACACGAUCUCGAAAUCAGUCUAUAUAAAUUCGUUUAAGGAAGUUAUGGUGCAAAAGAUUCGAGAGAUUUUUCAAAGAUGUAAGUGCUCAUCUCGUGACUUCUCGUUGUUUAUCUUGUACAAGAGCACUCGUACCUUCAGGACAAUCAUUUAGAUACUAAAUAUUAUUUUUAUACCGUUGUUAUAUAUAUUGUACUCGUAUAGUAAUUUUAAUAGGUAGCCAAUGGCUACUAAACGAGACGUAUGAGUACGUGUACAUACGUUGAGUUUAAUUCUUCUUCUUUCGGUUAAAGUGUACUUGAAUCGCCGUUCUGAUACGCGCUUUAGGAUUCUGAAAGUGUGUGUGGGCACGGAAGUUGAUGGAAUUGUCGUCGUUGAUUAUUUUAUCGGCAUUUAUGAACGGAGGAAUAGGCGCACCGCCUGUCCACGAUAUAAUGGCUAGUUAUCCAAAGAUAUCGAAUAGAAACGAGAGCCGAAGUUUACCGAAGAAGCAAUUUCGGUGACUUUUGCAAUUUCAUAAAUAAAUAUCCACCAGAAUUUCAAACGAGAAGAGAUUGGAUUUUAUAUUUCUAGCCGCUUUGCACGUGUGCGUGUGUGUGUUUGUGUUUAUUUACUUUCUUUCGCCUUACUCGUCAUAUUAUUAAUGUACAGUAGCCGAGUUUUUCGUUUAAUUUAUUCCUGACUUGUAUUCACAAGUCGCAAAGACCAAUAUCGACACAUAUCAAUCGUUGUAAAUAAAUGAUCAACAGAGGCGUUCGUACGCUUCUUUAGUUUCGUAAUGAUCAACGUUUUUAUUUAGGCACUAAAUAAUUGUUCGCUUGUUACUUCCGCACCGUCGCACUUUGUGUUUCGUUCUAGGCUUGGGACAUUUGUGUAACUUCAUUUCGCGCGUGAUUGCUUAAUUAUAAAUAUGGAACUAGCAGUAUUAAUUAACUUGUAUAACCACUGCACGCAAUAAAUUUCUCGCCGAGA